AUGAGGACACUGUAUAUGUGUUCUCUGGCACUCCUUGUGUCUUUCGUCAAUGUUGGGUACGGACACGGCUGUACCGGUUAUUGGUGUGAUACAUGUCUUCCUGCGAAGGUUCACGAUGCCCCUGGGGUUGGCUUCGACCUGACCCCCUCGUACGGGACAGCGGUAGUGCACUACUAUAAUGGGACUGUUGUCGAGAUUGCCAAAGUUAUGGGGAGUCCAGAGUACCUCGAACUCAUGGCACGCCUAGCUACCACAUCUAAGCCGUCUCCAGAUUCAACUCUCGGUUUUAUAAGUAGAAUUCAACCACGCUUGCUGGAAUAUCUCCUCCCGGACGUGUCGUCGCCGUGGAGAGACUGGUGGCGUUGGCUGGACACGAAACUCGGUCGACCAGUAAAAGCAGAUGACGUCGAAAUAAUCAGCGAUUUACUCCACAAACUGAAAACCUCCUCUGAAAAGACAAUCUCCCAGCCUCUCGACAGGGUUGCCGUUACAGACCCCGGCUUCCAGUCGCUUACCACAGCGACGAUCAACGCCGCACUUCGAAUGUUAGAUCUACGCACAUGGGUAGGCGACAGCGGUUAUUACACACGUCGACUAGUGGAGGGAGAUGCUGUUUAUGCAGCCAGCGGUUACGGACUAUGCCCCGAAUACCAGGAUCUCUUCCAUUGCAUGGACGAAUUUGCAGAGACACCUGAUCGUCUCACCAGUGAAGCUCUUAGUCGGCUUACUAGUGUUGAGGCGCAGCUUGUAGAUUACGAGCUUGGGCUAGAUCAUCUUCUCGAGAAAGACGAAGCCGCACUAUGGGAUCGUCUUCGUUCACAACUCCAGAUCCUCCCUCGAGAGUUCAAAUAUCCUAUUACGCAUCUCUUUCUAGCUGGCGAGAGCGCAACGCACCCUCGCUCCCUGGCUAUCUUUAGGGAUUCUAUGUCUGAACUCUUGCCUGGUCCUGCCAAUAUCGAACUCGUAAUGGAUCCAACUUUCGCGGCGGCCCGUGGUGCGGCACUAUACGCCCGAAGGCGCCAAGAGGUGCAGAGCGACUGUGUGGAAGGGAGUGAAUGCACAGAGAUGAGAAUGCACGAGCGAUUGUACAAUUUCACAAGAGAGGAUCUGCGCUGA